ACACACGGCCACUGUGUACAAGUAGAGCCGAGAGUCUCGGCUGAGAGUGUUCGUGGUUCGUUAGUAGCGACUUCGUGAAUUCGUGCGCUCGCAUACAGCAGCCAGCACACCUUGAACAGGUUUCAUGCUCGUCGAUCUAAAACAGAAAGGUGCUCAAUUCAGUGCUGUGUGGAGGUAUUCGCGCGUUAAUGCUCCGCGGAAAUUGUUGAAAUUAUUUAUCAAGUUGAAGUGAAGAAUUAAACAGACAACUCAGCAUAAGAAACAAUAUUUACAAAAUAAAAACAAUUUUGCUGUUACGAGAAAAAAAAAUCUAUGAAAAAGCAACGUGCUUUCUUCAUUAGCGAAAACAAUCGAAUGGUUGAUUUUAGAAACAAAACGAAUUUCGUGUGCAGCGCGUAACCACGGAAAUUGAAAGUGAACUUAAAAAAAUUGAUAAAAGUUAACAAAAAUUGUGAAAGUGCAAAAAGGCUGGUAGAAAACAGAAAUUCAACCGCACUCAAAGCUUUCUUAGAAUUGUGUAAUAAUUGACAAUUUUUUUUUGCUAAUUUGUGAAAAAAAAAAAACAGUAUUUAACAAAACGCAUUCGCAUUACGGCACUCAACGACGAGUCUCGGCACGCUUGGUAGACGGUGAGUGAAUGAAGAAGUAGACACAAGUUCUGCCUGCUAACUGUUGAAAAAAAUUCAAGUGAUUAUGAAUUAAAAAAAAAACAAAAAAUAAAUAAAAUAAUUCAGAAACGUUAUAAAAAAGUAAGGCAGUGAAAAAAUAUAUAAAAAAAGCUACUACAUCGCAAAAAGUAGAGCUCAUUUUUUUUUAAUUUUCAAGUAUGUGAUCAAAGUGCAUAAAAUAGCCACAAAUAUUUGAUCACGCACGCUGCCUAAGUGCAAACUCUAAAAAGAAGCAAAAACAAGAAAAAAUCAAUAAAUAAAUAAACACCUCAAAAUACACAAAAAAUGGUUUCAAUUAAGUGCAAAUAAAACAGUAACGCCUUGCUACAGUGUGCCACAAAAGUGCACGUAAAAAGCGCUUGAAAGCAGUUGGAGCGCAAAUAAAAUAAAAAUAAAAAUUAAAAAUAAUCGCAGAUCUCGAUCAGAAACACUUUUGAAAAUACCAUUGAUUAAUAGCCACCGCACAAACAUGUUGACCAUGGAGUCAGAUAUGAAGGGGGGGAUACUGCACGCGACCAUGCCGCCGCAUCACACUUCCGCCGCUCUGCACGGUCAUGCAACUUCGCCGUAUAGCGCACUUGGCCCCUUGAUGAAUCUCGGCCAGUCUCACUUGACGCAGUCACAUCUGUCUCAGCAUCACCAUCAUAUGGCCUCACAUUUAGCCAGCGGCGGCGGCGGCGGCCAACAAAGUGGGCUUAUCGGCAAUGGUGGCGGUGUAUCCAGCAAUCCGCUCAGCUCGCUACAGUCGAGCAUGGUGAACGCCUUGAACGGCAAUGCAACCAGUCUGCAGCAGCAACAGCAGCACCAGCAACAACAACAGCAUGGCUCACCGUUACAUAGCUCGAGCGAUCUAAGCCCGACACAGUCGAGCAUUGGCAGCCAUCACAUGACCUCGCCGGGCGGCCAGCAAACGCAUCAGCACGGGCAUCAUCAUCCCGGCAUGGGUGGCGGUGGUGGUGGUGGCGGUGUAGCGUCCAUUGGCGGUAGUCAAGGCGCCGGCGGUUCAACGAUCGGCGGCGGUAGCCACAAUGUCAAUAACAACAACACAUCGACCACUAAUAAAAAUCAACAGAACGCGGAGCGCGUGAAGCGUCCAAUGAACGCCUUUAUGGUAUGGUCGCGUGGUCAGCGCCGCAAAAUGGCUUCAGAUAAUCCAAAAAUGCACAACUCGGAAAUUUCGAAACGCUUGGGCACGCAAUGGAAAGACCUAUCCGAGGCGGAGAAGCGGCCAUUCAUUGACGAGGCGAAAAGGCUGCGCGCCGUGCACAUGAAAGAGCAUCCCGACUACAAGUAUCGUCCAAGACGCAAAACAAAGACUCUAACCAAGUCAAAGGAGAAGUAUCCACUGGGCGUUGGCUCACUGCUACAGCCCACUGAGUCGAAUGCGCCCACCGCCGCACGCAAUUCGAGCGCCUCAUCGAUUUCCGCCGCACAACAGGCAGCCGCAGUCAAUCGUGAUAUGUAUCAGAUGAGCGCGCCAAAUGGUUACAUGCCAAAUGGGUAUAUGAUGCAUGACCCCUCUGGCGCUGCGUAUCAAAAUCCGCAUAAUGCCUACAUGGGUAACUACCAUCGCUACGACAUGUCCCAAAUGCAUCAGGCGGCCGCAGCGGCUGGUACUCUGAAUUACAUGAAUCCGGCGGCGAGUGGCGGCUAUAGUAUGUAUGGCACAGUAUCGGGCGGUCAGACCUCACCGUAUGCCAGCAUUCAGCAGCCCAGCUCACCCUACAGUAAUGUCCAGCAACAGCCUGGCUCGCCGUACGGUCUUACUGGCGGCCAGCCCGGUUCGCAAGUUUCCUGCCAAAGCCACAGCCCCAGCGAUUCAAGCAUCAAAUCGGAACCCGUCUCGCCUAGCCCAAUGCAUAGCCAAGCGCAGCAGAACUCAGCUUCCGUAGUUAUUGCCAACAAUAACAACAAUCACAUAAUGAAGCGCGAAUAUGGCGCGACGCAACAGACACAGGAUUUGAAUCACCUCAUGAAUAUGUACCACUUGCCGGAUGGCAUGCAGGCAUCAGCAGCCGCCGCCGCAGCCGCUGCGGAGCAUCAACGCAAUCUGAUGCACUAUCAGAAUAGCUCGCCCGAUUUGCAACAACAGCAUCCGCAGCAUCAGCAAUCGAUGCGCGCGAUGGCGCCACUUGCUCACAUGUGA